CGCGGAUGCUCCGGGGCAGCGGCGGCCGCGGUGCCGGCGCGGGGCCAUGGCGGCCCCGGACAGCUGCGUGAAGGUGGCCGUGAGGAUCCGUCCGCAGCUGCCCAAAGAGAAGAUAGAGGGAUGUCACAUCUGUACCUCAGUGACACCUGGCGAGCCCCAGGUGCUGCUGGGCAAGGACAAGGCCUUCACCUAUGACUUUGUCUUUGACCUGGACACAUGGCAGGAGCGGAUCUACACGACCUGUAUGGGGAAGCUCAUCGAGGGCUGCUUCGAGGGCUACAAUGCCACUGUGCUGGCCUACGGGCAGACUGGCGCAGGGAAGACGUACACCAUGGGCACCGGCUUCGACAUGAGCAUCUCCGAGGAGGAGCAGGGCAUCAUCCCGCGGGCCAUCAGCCACCUCUUCAGCGGCAUCGAGGAGCGCAAGCGAGCGGCCCAGAGCCAGGGCGUGGCAGCACCCGAGUUCAAAGUCAGCGCCCAGUUCCUGGAGCUCUACAACGAGGAGAUCCUGGACCUGUUCGACAGCACCCGCGACCCUGAUGCGCGGCACCGCAAAUCCAACAUCAAAAUCCACGAGGAUGCCAGCGGAAGCAUCUACACCACGGGGGUCACGUCACGCCUCAUCAGCUCCCAGGAUGAGCUGAUCCAGUGCCUAAAACAAGGAGCUCUUUCCCGCACCACUGCCAGCACCCAGAUGAACGUGCAGAGCUCCCGGUCCCAUGCCAUCUUCACCAUUCACCUGUGCCAGACGAGAGUGUGUGCCCGCCCAGAGCUGGUGAAUGGGGAGGUGAGCAGCCUUCUGGAUGGAUCCCAACCCGCCACUGAGUACGAGACCUUGACAGCCAAGUUUCACUUCGUGGACCUGGCUGGCUCGGAGAGGCUGAAGCGGACGGGUGCCACUGGCGAGAGGGCAAAGGAAGGGAUCUCCAUCAACUGCGGGCUGCUGGCCUUGGGGAAUGUCAUCAGUGCCCUCGGAGACCAGAGCAAGAAGGUUGUGCACGUGCCCUACCGCGACUCCAAGCUCACCCGCCUGCUGCAGGACUCCCUCGGGGGCAACAGCCAAACCAUCAUGAUCGCCUGCGUGAGCCCCUCUGACCGGGAUUUCAUGGAGACCCUGAACACGCUCAAGUACGCGAACCGGGCCCGCAACAUCAAGAACAAAGUGGUGGUGAACCAGGACAAGACGAGCCAGCAGAUCAGCGCCCUGCGGGCUGAGAUCGCCCGGCUGCAGAUGGAGCUGAUGGAGUACAAGGCAGGCAAGCGGGUGAUCGGGGAGGAUGGCGCAGAGGGCUACAGUGACCUGUUCCGUGAGAACGCCAUGCUGCAGAAGGAGAACAGCGCCCUGCGCAUGAGGGUGAAGGCCAUGCAGGAGGCCAUCGAUGCCAUCAACAGCAGGGUCACCUACCUCAUGAGCCAGGAGGCCAACCUGAUGCUGGCCAAAGCAGGUGAUGGCAACGAAGCCAUCGGCACCCUCAUCCAGAACUACAUCCGUGAGAUUGAGGAGCUGAGGACAAAGCUCCUGGAGAGCGAGUCCAUGAAUGAGUCCCUGCGCCGCAGCCUCUCGCGCGUCUCUGCCCGGCCCCCCUACUCCAUGGGCUCCUCGCCGGCCGCUGGCCUGGCUGGUCUGUGCAGCCCCGCGGCCCCGCUGGAGACAGAGGCCUCUGAUGUCCUCCGAAGGGCCAAGCAGGACCUGGAGCGCCUGAAAAAGAAGGAGCGGCGGCAGCAGAGGAAGAGCCCAGAGAAGGAGGCAUUUAAGAAGCGGCAGAAGCUGCAGCAGGACAACGGGGAGGAGACGGAUGAGAACGAGGUCGAAGAGGAGGAGGAAGAACAGGAUGAGAGUGGCUGUGAGGAAGAGGAUGGGCGCGAGGAUGAAGAUGAGGACUCGGGCAGUGAAGAGAGCCUGGUGGACUCAGACUCGGAUGCAGAGGAGAAGGCUGUGAAUUUCCAGGCCGACCUGGCAGAUCUGACCUGUGAGAUUGAGAUCAAGCAGAAGCUGAUUGAUGAGCUGGAGAACAGCCAGCGGCGUUUGCAGACCCUCAAGCACCAGUAUGAGGAGAAGCUGAUCCUACUGCAGAACAAGAUUCGGGACACGCAGCUGGAGCGGGACCGGGUCCUGCAAAACCUCAGCACCAUGGAGUGCUACACGGAGGAGAAAGCCAACAAGAUCAAAGCAGACUAUGAGAAGCGGCUGAAGGAGAUGAACCGGGACCUGCAGAAGCUCCAGGCGGCCCAGAAGGAGCAUGCUCGCCUGCUCAAGAACCAGUCCCGCUAUGAGCGGGAGCUGCGGAAGCUGCAGGCAGAAGUGGCUGAGAUGAAGAAGGCAAAGGUGGCGCUGAUGAAGCAGAUGCGGGAGGAGCAGCAGCGGAGGCGGCUGGCGGAGACCAAGAGGAACCGGGAGAUCGCGCAGCUCAAGAAGGAGCAGCGCCGGCAGGAGUUCCAGAUCAGGGCUCUGGAAUCUCAGAAGCGGCAGCAGGAAAUAGUGCUGCGGAGGAAAACACAGGAGGUGUCAGCUCUGCGCCGCCUGGCCAAGCCCAUGUCAGACCGGGUGGCGGGCAGGAUGGGCCAGAAGCCGGCCAUGCUGGACUCAGGCGCAGAGGUCUCGGCCAGCACCACCUCCUCUGAGCCCGAGUCUGGCGCUCGCUCCGUCUCCACCAUCGUGCGCCAGUGGAACAGGAAAAUCAACAACUUCCUGGGAGACCCCUCGUCCUCCAUUAAUGGGGCCCGGCCUGCCAGGAAGAAGUUCCCCAAGAAGGGGACGAGCCAGACCUUCAGCAAAGCUGCCCGUCUCAAAUGGCAGUCGCUGGAGCGGCGCAUCUUUGACAUUGUAAUGCAGAGAAUGACCAUCGUCAACCUGGAGGCAGACAUGGAGAGGCUCAUCAAGAAACGCGAGGAGCUGUCACUGCUGCAGGAGGCGUUGCUGGGCAAGCGAGCAAAGCUGCAGGCAGAGAGCCCCAAGGAGCAGAAGGGGCUGCAAGAGCUGAACGAGGAGAUUGAGGUGCUAGGGGCCAACAUUGACUACAUCAACGACAGCAUUUCGGACUGCCAGGCCACCAUCAUGCAGAUUGAGGAGACCAAGGAGGAGCUGGACUCCACGGACACCUCGGUGGUGAUCAGCUCCUGCUCCCUGGCCGAAGCCCGGCUGCUGCUGGACAACUUCCUGAAAGCCUCCAUCGACAAGGGGCUGCAGGUGGCCCAGAAGGAGGCCCAGAUCCGCCUGCUGGAGGGGCGGCUGCGGCAGAACGACGUGGCCAGCUCCUCGCAGAACCACGCCCUCCUGGAUGCCCUGCGGGAGAAGGCUGAGUCACACCCUGAGCUGCAGGCACUGAUCCACAACGUCCAGCAAGAGAACGGCUACACCAGCACGGAUGAGGAAGUUUCUGAGUUCAGCCUGGCCUCAGAUGGGAGCAUCUCCCAGUCUUUCACCAUGAAGGGCUCAGCAAGCCAGGAUGACUUCAAGUUCAAGGGAGAACCCAAGCUCUCAGGGCAGAUGAAGGCAGUGUCAGCUGAGUGUCUGGGACCCACGCUGGACGUCUCCACCAAGAACAUCACCAAGUCUUUGGCAUCCCUCAUGGAGAUCAAAGAGGAUGGGAUCGGCUUCUCCAUCCGAGACCCCUACUACAAGGAGAAGGUGUCACGCACCAUCAGCCUGCCCACACGAGGAAGCACCUUUCCCAGGCAGUCUCGGGGCUCGGACACUUCACCUCUGACAAGGCGGAAAUCCUAUGACCGCGGGCAACCUGCCAGGCCUGCAGACAUUGGCUACACACCACCCUCAUCCCCACCCACCCGUCCACGCAAUGACCGCAACGUCUUCUCCCGUCUCACGAGCACCCAGAGCCAGGGAUCUGCCUUGGAUAAGUCUGAUGACAGCGAUUCCUCUGUCUCGGAGGUGCUGAGGGGCAUCAUUAACCCAGUGGGUGGCACCAAGAACGCCCGGACAGCCCCACUGCAGUGUGUCUCGGUGGCAGAGGGACACACCAAGCCUGUGCUCUGCCUGGAUGCCACCGACGAGCUGCUCUUCACUGGGUCCAAAGACCGGAGCUGCAAAAUGUGGAACCUGGUGACAGGCCAAGAAAUCGCUUCUCUCAAGGGUCACCCAAACAAUGUGGUUUCCAUCAAGUACUGCAGCCACACGGGGCUGGUGUUCACCGUGUCCACGUCGUACAUCAAAGUGUGGGACAUCCGCGACUCGGCCCGGUGCAUCCGCACCCUCACAUCUUCUGGCCAGGUGAUCUCUGGGGACGCGUGUGCUGGGACCACCACCCGCACUGUCACCAGCGUGCAGGGGGAGCACCAGAUCAACCAGAUCGCGCUCAACCCCACGGGCACCACGCUCUACGCCGCUGCGGGAAACUCCGUCCGCGUCUGGGAGCUGAGCAGGCUGCAGCCCGUGGGGAAGCUGAGUGGCCACAUCGGGCCGGUGAUGUGUCUCACGGUGAACCAGACGGCGAGCAACCACGACCUGGUGGUCACAGGCUCCAAAGAUCACUACGUCAAGGUGUUUGAGCUCUCGGAGGGCAUGGUGGGCAAUAUUGGCCCCACGCACAACUUCGAGCCCCCUCACUACGACGGCAUCGAGUGCCUGGCCAUCCAGGGAGAUGUCCUCUUCAGUGGCUCCAGGGACAACGGCAUCAAGAAGUGGGAUCUGGAGCAGCAGGAACUUAUCCAGCAAAUCCCCAAUGCCCACAAAGACUGGGUCUGUGCCCUGGCCUUCAUCCCCGGCCGCCCCAUGGUGCUGAGCGCCUGCCGAGGAGGCGUCAUCAAAGUCUGGAACGUGGACACCUUCACCCCGGUCGGGGAGAUCAAGGGGCACGACAGCCCCAUCAACGCCAUCUGCACCAACUCAAAGCACAUCUUCACUGCCUCCAGCGACUGCCGGGUAAAGUUAUGGAAUUACGUGCCUGGGCUCACCCCUUGCCUUCCACGACGCGUCCUUGCCAUAAAGGGCCGUGCUACUAGUCUGCCUUGACCCUCCUGCUCUUUGACUCUCUUGCUCAUAUGCUCUUCUUCCGUCCCUCCUUCCCUUUUCUCUCCAUCUCUCCCUCCCUCUGUCCCUCUCACUGUUGCUUUUGCUCCUCUCUCUCUUUUCCCCCCCCCCCCCCUUUCUCUCUGGUCUGAGCUGCUUCUUCACGGUAUGAAACUAUUCUGCGUUUUUCUCCACUUGAUAAGUCUUUGUUAGAAUGGACUCGCCCCCCUUGUCCCAGUCAUAGCCCUGCCUUGGUUUCACUGGCUUUUUGUUUUUCUUUCCUUCCCACAUCUACUUUGGCAACUCUGUGGGAAGCCAUGGCCUGCCCGUGCCUUUGCAUGGAUAGUGGGUUGGGAGUCAGCAGCCACCCCCAAAUCAGCCCAUGCCCCAGGAGCAAAGCAGCUCCCUGGAUAUCACUGCUGGGACCUAGGUGGAGCUCGUUCAAGGCGGGUAGGAGUCCUGGUGUGGGGUCAGCCCUGGAGGUCACCAUUUCCCCUUGUCCCCAGCUUCUGCCAGUGGGGUGAGCUGGAGGCUGAGCCCCAUUGGGCUUGCCUUCUCCCCAAAGUGCAUCGGACAAACUCCUGCCAAGGGAAAAGGGCCUGGAAGUCUGGGGGGGCUGCAUGCUGCCGUGGCGGGGGAAGGGGGAGCGAGCGUGUUCCCUCGUGGUGCCUCUGGUGCAGUGUCCGUGGGGCUCCUGCCCCGACCCCUGGGUCAUGCUGUCCCUCUCACCUUUGUUCCUCAGCGACUUGACAGUGAAGCUCUGGAGUGGGAGGAGGUUGCCUGCGGGGUCAAACUAGGAACUGCAGAAAGACUGGAAGGCGUGGGGGCAGGGUGAAGGUCAGGGUGCCUCCCCUGCUAUCAGGACUCAGUCACCUCCCGGAGCUCAGCCCAGGACAGGGAUUUCUUUGUGCCUGACCCAGCGAGGUGGACAAUGCUGCAUCUGGUACUUUGAGCGCUGUCAGCUCCUGCGAGGAAGCAGCUCUGUGGGGCACCAGCAGCUCCACCUGCCCUCCUGCGGAGGUUUCUCGAUGGUUCUCCAGUGAACAGGAAAUGUUUCAUCCCUCCUCCCACCCAUCCUGCUGUAAGGACUUCUGGGGGUCAGAGAUCCUUGACUCCUUCUCAGAGACACCCAGUUCCCUCCUGCCACUGUGGGCUCAUGUGGCCUCUGCCAUGCUGUGCUGCUCCCGGGCUGGUUCCUGCAGGAGUCUUUCUCCACUCCACGAGGACAUUUGGUGUCUGCUGGCCAGGACUGCAACACAGAGGGUGCUUCUCUGGAGCCAUUCCUCAUGGGACGCCUCUGCUGUGGGGGCUACAGAAGGAUUUCCUGGUACUCCUGGCCUUCCCUGUCCUCUGUGGACCUGUCCCCAGCGGUCAGAGGGGUGCACCUCUACGCUCCUUUGCCAUGUCCCAUCUCAUGAGGCACGGCAAGCCUGGGAAGAUCUCCAUCGGGCAACUUCCAGACAGACCUGCUGCAGUUCCCUUCGACAUUCUCCAAACCCCAGUUGUAAACUCAACUGCCCCAUGGCUCUGGGCUCUUCCCCAUGUGCCCAGCCUGCUCUGCAGUGGGAAGGGCUGCUCAGCCCUGCUCGGGACAUCGUGACCCCCAUCACAGGUUUGUGGUGGGUUCCUGCAGUGAGUUAACCCCCUUGGGUUGGAGAAAGGAAGCAAGAAUGGAGGUUACAGGGCAAAAAAGCCAAGGAUUUGUCACCCCACUGCUGUGGCUCUGUCUGUCCUUCCCUUAGGUUCUGCCCUCAGACCUCUGCCUGGAUUGGAGCUUGCUUAGGCUGGGCCUGCUGGCCCGCAUGGAUCCAAGGACAGAGAGGAGCCAGCAAGGCACGGAGCAGCCGCUGGGGCAGGAGCACAGUGAGGAGGGGGUUGCACACACUGAUCUCGCACAAGUCCCCUGAUUCCCCCUGUGCUCCAAGGACAAUCCUGCAGUGGAUGAUCUUGCACAAUCUCAUCUCCCUGAGGGUCUGGGGGCUCCAUCCAGGAGUGUUUCCCCAAGGAUGUACAUUCUGCAGGCUCCUUCCUGUCUCUCUCCUGUUCAAGGGGGGGCCUGGUAAGGCCCUGGUCUCACACUGGAGCUUUCCUCCAUCUCUCCUAUGGCCCAUUGGACCAUCCCCUGCUCUGUCCUGCCCUGGGCCACCCAGGGCUUUUGUGGGAUGGCUGAGGAGACCCCAGGAUGGGUGUCCUUGCCUCACACGCUCUCCUUUCCCUUUUGUCACAGAAGAAGCAGCACCUGAACUCAAAUUUAAGGAUUUCUUCGUGUGAUCCCACCAGCACUGAACUGGGAUCUUGGAGGCCAGGGGCUCCAGGACCUGCCCCAUAAAGCACAGACCAUUUCCCCUCUGCUCUCUCCAACCACAGUGAUACCUUGACCAGCCCCAUUUGCCACCAGGCCUUGUUCGAAGUAUUCUGGCUGGAGUGUGGGGAUUCCUCUGCAUCAUGAAAGACAGGAGCAUCUCUAUUGGUUUGAUGGGGGAGGGGGGUUGCCUUUUUUUGGGAAAAGUUCCAUCCUACUGGCUUGCCUUGUUGGAGGGUAAAUGGUACCUGUGUGUGUGUGUGUGAGUGUGUGUGUAACCCUGCCCAGGACAGUCGCUGCCCCCCUGUGAUUGUGGCUGAGCCUUGCCCAGCCAGGCCUGAUGACUGUGCUGAGGAGAGGAGCCCAUCCAUCCCGUGUGACCUGUGGAGCUGAGGGUGCAGCCAAAAAUGCACAGGGACCUCACCACCCAGUAGCACACACACACGGGGGGGGCUGGGGAAGGUGUCCCCCCACCCCAAGCCUGUCUUGGAGAGGGUUUCUGCACUCAUUCCUCAGCUGGUUUAUCCCUUGCCUGGCUGGAGGGGCUGUGUGUGUAUGGGGGGGUCUGUGGCAGAGUGUGUUUGGCUGUAGCCAGGUGUCGUGUGUGAAUCUGUGUCUGCUCUGAGCUCUCCAGUGCCUGCCCUGAAGCCUUCCUGCUCCCUGCUGCCGUGGGUGAAGGUGUCUCUGGGGGACCUGGGGUCAGACCUGCCUUGCCUUUUGCCACCAGUUUCUUCCCAUGUGCAGGCUGUAAGUGCCUGUUGAGUAUUCCAGGCCUGAGUGACCAGUCCUGGAUGAUGCUGAGCCUCUAUUGCUGCUGUGGCCAGCAGCGUGUUGAGGAGCUUCAAGGCUCUCACAGCCCGUGAAGGGAGGGAGCUGAUGCUGGGGCAGCAGCACCCUAAGGCAGGGGGGUUUGAAGUGAGGGGUGUCCUGGUUUAGGAAUAGUAUUCUCCAGUUUAGUGUUCCCACUAAAACCAUGCACCACUCACACCCCCAUCCCCAGCAGGGUGGAGAGGGGAAUUGGAGGCAUGAAGAUGAAGAUCACAGGUUGAGAUAAGAGCAAUUUACUGGAAACAGCAGUGAGAUAAAAAACAAACAGUAAAACAGCAACAAUAUUAACAGAAGUAUACAAAAGAGAGAAUGAUUCACAUGCAGAUCACUCACCCUGGAGCCCUGACCUGGCUGCAGCUGUGUUUUCCUGACCAGAAUAGACCCCCCCUCCCCAGAAGAGAAGAAAUGGAUCCUGCCCCUGUGUACCUCAAGGGCAUCAGGGUACGUUGUGCUAAAGCCUUACACCCGUGGGGCUCUGCUGUGCCGGGCCAUGGAUCCACACAGUCCGACAGAUCCCGUUGCUGCUCUCCCCACCUGGCUGGGGGCAGGGCCCCUCUAGUUCUCCUCAUGGUCCUCACUGCUCACUUCUUGCAGAUGUGAACUGAAGGUGCAUUCAGGAGGAUCAGAAGUGACAUUGGCCCUUUUAUUCUGUCUGAGCACGUGCCCACUGGAAACCGGAGCAGCAUUAAUCCUUGAAGAAUUUCCUGCAGUUGUUGUUUUUGCUCUCAGCUCACACACCCAUGCUGCCGGGGCAGAGGUGGGUUUUCCAUCCCACUUCCUCUUGUCCUCUGCAUAGUCAUGCAGGUAAAACCAUAGGUUGCCUUGUGGUGUGUCCCCUCUCUGGUCCGUGCUGGUGUGAUGUGGGACAUUUCCUCAGUCCACAGUCCAUGGGCUGGUCCACGGGCUUAGACAGUCUUUUUACACAGUUGAGACACAGGUUGGUAGGAAGGAAGAAAGAUGAUCGUCAUCAGAGUUGGGGAGCCACCUCUAACACUGUUUGUUCUCCUGUUGACAUCAGAGCCAAUGAGUCUGUGCUCUGUACAACCUUCCUCCAUGUGGACUGUGUGCACUGGACCUCAUCUGCACCUACAGGGGACUGUUGGUUAUUGGAAUCCCUAUGGACUCCCUCUAACACAGCGAAUUCCCUCAGGUCCUGGGUACCUUCUCCACGGCGUUCCAUCUGCUUGGGUGCACUACUCGAUCAUCCUUGGGAGAAGACCUUUCCCUCAUGCUUGACAGGAGUCACGUCCAGAGGCUGAGAGUUUCUGUCCUCCUCCCAGUCCCCCUGUCAAUGCCCGCAUCCCAGGACUCGGCUUCUCUACCAUCCGGUUCCACAGCGUUGGCUGCAGUUUCCCAGCGUUGGAGCAGUUGGGUCACCAGGGGCUCAACCCAGCUGGCAGCUGAAAUCUUUUCACAUCGCAGCUCACCUGGGGAUGGGGAUUGGGUGAUUAUCUCCAGCCCUGCCUCUUCCUCCUGUUGUGAGGGCCCUGCUUCCUCUAUAUCCCUCUCUGUGCAAACUGAUUUGGUCUUGGAUUUCUUCUUCUGCUCCCAGCACGGGUUGUUCCCGUGGUGCAGCUGCAGUUUGGCCAUGGUCCCUGUUGCUCUGCUGUCUAGUGAAAAGCAGUGUCUGAUAAAUGCUAACCAGGGCCCAGCACACUGCAAUGAGUCGCUCCUCUCUGGAGCUGCCCCGGCAUUCUCCUUGCCAAUGCUCUGUCACUUUUUCAGCGUCUUGUACUUGUUCAGGGGGAGUUUCCAAACCACUGGAGGAGAGAAUUUCUUCCAGAAGUGGCCCAUUUUCUCCCACAUUCCAUGCCAGUCUUGACUAUUCCCCAUCAGGGCAGAUUGCUGAAUAACCUCCCUAGAAAUCUCUCUUGACUCCAAAGAUGAUGUGGACUUCACUAAGGAGACCUGGCAAGAAUAUGAUUUUCUUAACAUCCCAAGGGAAUUCAGAACUUCAAAAGCUGUUUUAACAGGCCUCAAGGAGGAAAAGUGGGUGAAAGACUGGGGGAGGUCAUCCUCCCCUGUUCCCCCCACAGGCUGGUUAUGAUUGUUAAUGGACUCCCAAAGGAGUGCCCAAUGUAAGGGUAGAAGAGCAACACUCAAGACACAUCCCAAAUGACCCUCAGUGCCCUUGAUGUUAUCAUGUCAUAAACUGAUAUCCCACAGUACAUCAACAGAGCAAUCCUGAUGCCUCUCCCUGCUCUGAGGAAGAGCACUGUGAUGGGAACACACAGAAAUAUUUACAGGGUUAGGUACCCACAUGAGCAGACCAAGCCACAUUGUGACCACUGGCUCAGUACCUAAUACAGAAGAUGUUUAGAUCAAAUUUGUUUCCAGCCCACUCUGGGCAGUUCUGUUGUUAUCUCGACCAUUCCAGCCCUGCCUUGGAUGCCAAAAAAAGCUGUUGUGGUUUAGGAAUGGUAUUGCCCAAUUUAGUGUUCCCACUACAGCCAUGUGCUGCCCACUACCCCCCACCCCCUUCCUUCCCUGCAGUGGAACGGAGAGGAGAACUGGAGGCACAAAAAGUAAAAAUCACAGGUUGAGAUAGGAACAAUUUACUGGAAACAGCAAUGAGAUAUGAAAACAAAUUACCAGCAACAAUAUUAACAACAAAAGUGUACAAAAGAGAGAGCGAAUCGCAUGCAAAAUGUUCACUGCAGCCCGUGCUACCCGGAUGGGAAGAGAUCCCUUCUCCCUGGAAGAGACUCCGGUCCCCCUGCCCCAGUAAUGACGUGAGGUGGUACAGAAGGGGUUCUGGCCACAUCCCCUCCUGGCUACUGCAAAAAUUAACUCUGUCCUGGCUGGAACCAGGACAGGGGUGACUGUGAUCCCAUAGCUCUCUGUGUGUGCGUGUGUGUGUGUGUGUGUGUAGGUCUCAGUACCUGUGUGGGCUGCUGUUUCUCAUGCAAAAGAGCAUGUCUUGGGUGUUGAUCUGGUUUAGCUACCUCACGGUGCAAGCUGGGUGCUGUUGUCAUUGGGUUUCGUAUUGGGGAUGGGGUGGGGAGUUUGUGGUGUAAGACUUUUUUUUUUAUUCUCUUAAUUAUUGUUAUUGUUACGGUUUUGACACUUGAAUUCAUCCUGGGGACUGGUGGCCUCACUCCUGCCUUGCAUGUCUGAACUACCCCCUGUGUUCCCCUCCCUGCCUCCUCCUGGGCAGGGCAGCAGGGCUGGCAUCCCCUGCACUGCCAGUUCCCACCUGUGCAGUGGGAUCCCCCAGUGCAGUGGCAACACUGAGAUUUUGCUCCCAUUUCUAGUGGGAUUCUUGGUCCGAGGAUCUGUGGUGUUGCCCUUGGUUAUUCGGUUGAUUGGCAGCCUGGAUGUGCUUCCCAUCUUGUCCCACAGAAGGGUGGAAAGGGAACUCUGAAGGGCUCAGUUCAGCCCGUGUUUCUUCCUCUGCUCUCACAGAUAUUCUCUGUAGAUAUGAUGAAGUUCUUGACUGGGAAAUGUCUGUGCAAAGCACAUUGCUGGAAUGGGCUGGUUCCAGCCACCGUGUUCCAGAGCCUGCUGCAGCUGCAGGGCAGCAGAGACUCGGUGCUGUACAAGCCUCUGCUCAAGCUGGGCAUGGUCUGUGAGAAGCUGAUUCUGGUGUGUGAUGUUUGAUUUUUCAUUCCUAGGAAACGUAGCUGUGUCUAGAUUCAGUCCCAGGCACUGAACAUAAACAAGGGUAGCCCUGGAGUCCCCAGCUUGUCCCCAGCUUGACGGUGGGGGCUGCCCUGGGCCAGACCUCGCUGCCCUGGCACAGGGAGGUUGGGGAGCUCCGAGCCACCCUGUCAGUUUGGGGUGCAGGUCCUCCCAAACAGUAAAGCACAAGGUCCCCACACGCAGCUGGGUGUAGGAGGGGCGGCCCCUUGGACUCUGACGCUUCAGAGCUCAGACUGGGACCAUGGGCUGAGACAGCUGAGGAGGAGCUGGGCUGGGAUGAGGGCUCUGUGCCUGCCGGUGGCCGUGGGUGAGCUGUUCCAUCCCUUUGCACUGUGCUGGCUGCUCCCUCAGGGGUCAGGGGCCCUGCUGCACCACUGAAGUCCCCUCUGGUGGUCUCAGAGCCCCUCUGACAGCCCCUCAGGGCAAGGACAGUUUGGAGCUGCCUUCGUGCCAUGCACCUCAUUUUUCUUUGCCCUUGGGCACCUUGUUUUGUGACAAGGGUGUGAUCAUACCUGCAGUCCUUCCUCCAGCUGCUGGGUUAUGCUUUUUUCCCCAGGGCCUAUCUCUCGCUCUGAGGGUCUCCUCAACCCCAGCACACAGGGGCCAGCUCCAGGCUCUGUGGAGGCUGCAGGGCUGCCCCAGAGCUGAGCUUUGCACAACAGGGGUGGAAAAGUGUCAGGAGCCUAAAAGCACUGGAUCCCCAAACCACUGUGAGCCCCCCCUGGGCGGUGUCCCCUCCCUGUCACCUACAGCCCUGAUGACACAGGAUGGGCUGGCCAGCUGCAAGGAAUGGCAGCUCCGGGCUCCCAUCCUGUCCCCCCCAGGUGCGUUGUUCCUCCUCACCACCUCUGAGCACAGCUGCCUUGGGGUCUCAGAUGCUGCCUCCUGCCUUGGUGCUGCAAAACCGGUGCCUGCUUCCCAGGGAGCUCUCCCAGUGCCCCACACCAGUCCCUCCCCUGCCCCAUGCUGAACAGAGCCCAGGUAUGACCCCUGUGAAGCACAGGGUUCCAACUUGCUUUCCACAGGCUCCCUGGAGCUUCACCAUCCCCUGCAGGCUGCAUGCCCUUCUGAGCCCCCCUCGCCCUUCUGGGAAGGGACGAGGACCCCCAGCCCCUCCAGGUGCUGCAUGGUGCUCCAGCUGUAACUGGGACAGAGGCCAGCACAGACCCAGCUCCCAGAAAAGUACAGCCCUGCACCUUCCUCCUGCCCCAGGGCUUGUCCCCUCAUCCAUCACAGCUCUGCCCUGGUUCCUGCCAAUUGUUCCGUCUGGCCUGGGACCCCCAGGUGCAGCCCCACACAAGGCUGGGGCAGCUGCAGCACUGUGUCACCUGCUCCAUCACUCCCAUCCGCACAAGGAGCACAAUAGCAGAUGCCUUUUCACACUCGGAGCUUUUUCCAGAGGCCAGCUCUGUGAAGGCUGGUGUUGUCUCUGUGGGCUUGUGCAGCCCGGCCCCGGGCUGGGUUUGUCAGAGCACGAGAUGUGUGCGUGUGUUUUAUACCUUGAUGUGUUCCUGUAAAUAGUGUAAGUUAUUGUGGUCUCCUGCUGUACGUUUUUCAAUGGCUGUGUUUGUUUCUUGCCUUUUUGUCUUUGCAAAUAAAAUGUUCCUGACAUGAA